AUGUGCAAACAUAUUCUUAACGCCCAGGUGUCUAUAAGAACUCAGUGCUGCCGAAAAUGGUACGACUGCCCACAGUGCCAUCUUGAGAAUGAAGAUCAUCCAUUAAAAAAAACCCUCGAUCUUACUAUGAUUUGCAAAAAAUGUAAAAAGGCAUUCCGCAAGGAUCUUACGGAUUUUGACGAAGCUGAUCAAUUCUGCCCGUAUUGCGACAACGAAUAUUUCAUUCCUGCCGUCACAGGAAAUGCGCCAGCGCCACAGAAGGACUCUGACGCCAUACAAAAUGACAAUUCAGGCCCAGAGACUUUAGAAGAAGCUCGUCUCAAGAAGAUUUCGAACUUAGAUCCGCGCAUGAUUCGUGAUGAAGAUCUAGAUAAGCUGGACGAAGAGCUAUUGGGCUUUGAGCCUGAUUACACAACUCGGUUGGGUUAA